CAAAGGGGCUACUUUCCACCAUAGCGUGCGAAACCCUUCGGCGGUGUUAAUUCGUCCUAUCCUCACUCUUGAAAGACCCUCGCAAUGGCGCCAAAGAAGAAGGAAGAGCCCAAGCCGGUGGAAGCUCCUAAGCCUGAGCCCGAGCGCCCCAAGACGCCAGUGUUUGACGCUGCAUCAGUAAAGUUGGAGUUCACCCCUGAGCAAAUUGAAGAUUUCAAAGAUGCCUUCCAGUUGUUCGACAGAACACCCGCCAAUGAAAUGAAGAUAACUUACGCACAGUGCGGCGACCUCACCAGAGCCCUUGGUCAAAACCCAACCAACAAGGAGAUCAUGUAUGUUCUAGGAAAGCCCAAGCCAGAAGAAAUGCAAACCAAGAUGCUGAACUUUGACGAGUUCCUGCCUAUCCACCAGCACUUCUGUAAGGGGAAGGACAGCGGGACGUAUGAGGACUUUGUUGAGGGUCUGAGGGUGUUCGACAAGGAGGGCAACGGUACAGUCAUGGGCGCUGAGCUCAGACACGUUCUCUCAGUAAUGGGUGAGAAGCUGAAGGAGGACGAGGUGGAGCAGCUGAUGCAGAACCAGGAGGACGCCAACGGCUGCAUCAACUACGAGUCCUUUGUCAAACACAUCAUGGCGUCUUAAG